CAAACUUGUUAUUGAUGAUAAUCGAAUGCGAACCAUUACUGUUACCAUUUAUGUUACAUUUUGCGAGUACGUAUCCAUCCAGAUACUUCUCGACCUAAGCAUUAACAUACACAUAAGCUACGUCUAUUUCUCAAUCGCGAACACAAUCACAUCGCCAUAUGCGAGGAGGCAACUUCACAAACAUCUAAUACACCUCAACAAGCUAACAAAUCGUCCUACCACACUAAACCGAACUUGAAUCUCGCAAGAACACCGACCAGCGCCGAUCGAAGCUUUCGACUGAACACCUUGCGAGCGAUGCGCCGAACUUGCUUCCAUCAUCCACAUUACCACCAGACGGUCUGCGCCAGGUUGCUGUUACCGCGACGAGGACGGAUCGAGGCAAACAACGAUAUGAGAGCUGUUGGAGAGCUCGACCACAGACACUGGGGAUUGACGGCGAGACACGUGUAAUAGUUUGGGGACGGUGCACGGCGAGUAGGACUGGCAUUGAAUAUGGCGAGGUCCAAGACAAGGUCAGCUCGGAGUCCUCAGCGAGGGAGGCAGCGGCUGUUGUCGAGGGGAGUUCGCCGGGAUCCUCGUCCGACCUGGGCGAGCUCGUUGUUGCAUAGGGGCGAGUGUCAGGGCGCUGCUACAGAUGCCGGAGCUGGAGGGGGCGACAACGCGGGCUCUGGAGGCCAAGCCGCGGCGAGGUCGACUGGCGUGGGGGGAAGCAGGUGCGCCCUGCCAUGGGGACGAGCAGCACCACAGCGGGGAAAAGCCUAUAGGCGCGGCGGACGUCGCUGCUGGAGACGGUGACGACAAUCAGAGUGGGGAGGUCCGUCCCGACGACGCACCAGACGGCCACGAGGGAGGAGCUCGGGGGGACAUGGGAGAGAGCUGGAGGAGGCAUGCUGAUGGAGUCAUGGUGACCCGGCCACGGUGAGAGUACAGAGUCCUGCAGAGCCGUUGCCGAGGAUGUCUGAAGACGCGACGCAGGGGCUAGCAGCGCUGGGUGCGCGGUGGUGGAGACGAGCUAGGGUGUGUCAGUGUGUGUGCCGAUGGUGGAGCAGAGGGCGCUGGGUGUGUCGGUACAGGUGGCGUGCG